GUGAUGUAGCUUCAAGUUCAGCAAAGACUCUUACUAUCUCUCCUGUAGGAAUGUUCCCUCAUUGGGAACAAGACGUCUGUGGCCUACAGUUGUGAGGAUGAAGACACAAAUUCCCCAAGUGGUCACUGGGAUUGAUGGAAAAGGCCUGGGUUUGAAGGUCAAGGAAGGAUUGAACACAUUGCAGGAGAAAGUGAGUGAUUCAUUUAACCAAAGAAAUGUCGGCUUAUUUAUAGGAAUUGCUUGAAGCCAUAGUCAUGGUGGAUGUAGGAAAGUGGCCUAUCUUCAGUCUGCUUUCACCUCAGGAAAUUGCGUCUAUUCGGAAAGCAUGCGUCUUUGGCACCUCGGCCAAUGAGGCACUGUAUGUCACUAAUAAUGAUGAGGUCUUUGUGUUUGGACUGAACUAUAGUAACUGUCUAGGAACUGGAGAUAACCAGAGCACACUUGUGCCAAAGAAGCUAGAAGCCUUAAGUGGAAAGAAGAUUAAAAGCCUUAGUUACGGAAGUGGCCCCCAUGUUCUCCUCAGCACCGAAGAUGGAGUGGUCUAUGCCUGGGGCCACAAUGGAUACAGCCAGCUGGGGAAUGGGACCACCAAUCAAGGCAUUGCUCCCAUUCAAGUCUGUACCAAUCUGUUGAUUAAGCAAGUGGUCGAGGUAGCUUGUGGCUCACAUCAUUCGAUGGCUCUGGCAGCAGAUGGAGAGGUAUUUGCUUGGGGCUAUAACAACUGUGGCCAGGUGGGAUCAGGAUCUACAGCAAAUCAACCAACUCCUCGAAAAGUUACAAACUGUUUACAUAUUAAGAGGGUGGUUGGAAUUGCCUGUGGUCAGACCUCCUCCAUGGCUGUUCUGGACAAUGGUGAGGUGUAUGGCUGGGGCUACAAUGGCAAUGGUCAGCUGGGCUUGGGAAACAAUGGCAAUCAGCUGACCCCAGUGAGAGUGGCAGCUCUACACAGCGUGUGUGUGAACCAGAUUGUCUGCGGCUAUGCACAUACUCUAGCACUAACAGAUGAGGGCUUACUCUAUGCCUGGGGAGCUAACACCUAUGGGCAGCUGGGAACUGGCAAUAAAAAUAACCUGCUAAGCCCAGCACACAUCAUGGUGGAGAAGGAAAGGGUAGUAGAGAUUGCAGCCUGUCACUCUACUCAUACAUCUGCUGCUAAGACGCAGGGCGGGCACGUGUACAUGUGGGGCCAGUGCCGGGGCCAGUCAGUGAUCCUCCCUCACCUCACCCACUUCUCCUGCACCGAUGACGUUUUUGCAUGUUUUGCCACCCCUGCUGUUUCAUGGCGCCUUCUGUCUGUAGAGCAGGAAGACUUUUUAACAGUUGCAGAGUCUCUGAAAAAAGAAUUUGAUAGUCCAGAAACUGCUGAUCUGAAGUUUCGAAUUGAUGGGAAAUAUAUUCAUGUCCAUAAAGCUGUGUUGAAAAUCAGGUGUGAGCACUUUCGAUCCAUGUUCCAGUCCUAUUGGAAUGAGGACAUGAAGGAAGUGAUAGAAAUAGACCAGUUUUCUUACCCGGUGUAUCGUGCCUUUCUUCAGUACCUCUACACAGACACCGUAGAUCUGCCACCUGAAGAUGCCAUAGGUCUUUUGGACUUGGCCACGUCUUACUGUGAAAACAGAUUGAAAAAGCUUUGUCAGCACAUCAUCAAGCGAGGGAUUACCGUGGAGAAUGCCUUUUCAUUAUUCUCUGCUGCAGUCAGAUAUGAUGCAGAGGAUUUAGAAGAAUUCUGCUUUAAGUUUUGCAUCAAUCAUUUGACAGAAGUCACACAGACUGCAGCGUUCUGGCACAUGGAUGGCCCCCUGCUAAAGGAGUUCAUUGCUAAAGCCAGUAAAUGUGGAGCCUUUAAGAACUGAAGCCUGCGCUGCUGGGCCGUGUGUGAGUGCGCUGGGGUGCUGUGGGUGAUGUGUCCAGCUUGUGCUCUACGAGUGAUGUAAUUCUGCAGGUAAAACCUAUCAGGUUAUUUUUUCACACCUGAGACACAGUUCUCAGUAGGAAUAUAUGAAGAAUGUAUGGCUUUUCCUGAGCCCAUUUUAAACAACGUGUGAGACCUUUCUUGUAAGUUGGCUGGAACAUUGUGAAAGGAUGAACAUUUAGCUGCUUUUGUUUUUGUUGUCCUUUCUGAUUAGAGGAACUUUUGAACUUGGAAAAAGAAAGUUGGUAGCAAAUCUCCUGGGUCAUACAUCACAAUCCUUUGAUGCCAGGAAUUGUGCUAGUUUUUGAAUUGUGAGAGGAACAUUGAGGCCCUGCCAUGAGUUAAAGAAGCUGACCUCUGGACUCAGCAAAGUGCUGUGUUAGGGUUAGUCAGCACCGUCUGUGAUGGGGGUCCUGAACCUCUGAGAUUCUCAUUGGUGUGCUUUUGCUAUCAAUGACGUUUUAAACUGCAAGGUGUAUUGAAGGAGUAUUCCACUUAACAUGAGGUGAGCCUAAUGAAAUAAUUAAAGAUAAAUCUCUAGGUCAGCUGGGAUUUCGGCACAUAAGAUUUAGGCACAUAAGGAGUAGUAAUUUAGAUCUCUGAAAAGUUGGUAAUUCUCCAGUUAUCAGCUUUGUGUGGAUAAAGGUGAUUUUUUUAAUAAGUUAGAAUCCACUACUUUUCCAACUUUGUUUUCUUUCAUUCAGGUUGAGUUUGAAAACUGA